CCCAAUAAUCACGGCUGCAUCCUACAAACUCUCUGUAAUCGUGCAAAUCCAUCAGGAUCCGUCUAUAAAAUCCUCAUCUAUCCUCCCACUCAUCCCUUCUUUCUCACCAGCUCUACACACAACAACCACUUCCUCACUUCCAAUAACACUCAACAUGAAGUUUUCUCUCUUCGCCAUGACCGCCAUGGUCGCCACUGCCUUUGCAGCCCCCUCUGUGCCCACCAACACCGUCAAUGACGCUGUUGAGCAGCUCACUGACAUUGUCGUCGACGACCUCGGUGUCGGCGAGCUCCUCUCCAAGCGCGACGAGCCCAUCAAGGAUGCCACCGGCCUCAUUAACGUGCUGUCUACUGGCCUUGACAGCAUCAAGGUCACCACUGGCGCCAUCAACACGACGCUUGCGCAGGUCCAGAGCGGCGCUGUCAGCAAAGACAAUGGCACCGCUACUGCUGGCACCCAGCUGACUGAGCUGCACUACAAACUCACUGAGAUUCUGCAAAAGUUACUAGGUGCUGCAGGCAUCGACAUCCAGGCUGCUGACCACGACAAGGUGCUCGGUCUUAUCGUCGAGCUUGUUUCUGAGGUCCUCUACACCGUCAAGGCGCUGCUGACUGUCCUGGGUGUCCGCAAGGUGCUUGCCUCCAUCCUGCAGUCCGUCUUCACUCUGCUUGCCGAGAUUCUCAGUGCCCUUGUUAGUCUCAUUGGCACUCUUGUCCCUGCUCUGAUCGCUGCCCUCUCCCCUCUCCUCUCUGCUCUCGGCAACACUGUCUUGGCUCCUCUCCUCAGCAUCAUUGCUGAUCUCCUUGCCAGCCUUACUGGCGCCAAGUAAAUCUUUACUCUUAAGGAUUACAAUCACAAUAGCCAAAGACGUUUGGCUUAUUCAUCUUGCCAUGUUCCGGUAACAUGCUGUGCUGAUAGUAGCACCUUUACUUUCUCUUAUAAAUAAAUAUACAACACGUGUCUAU